AUGGCGGCAGGAGGAGGAGGAGCAGCCGCUGCCAACCCGAGGGCCACCACGGCGGCGGAGGCCCCGGCCAAAACGCUACGCGGCUAUCAGUCCCGCAUAGCAAACAAGUGCUUGCACGACAACACGAUCGUCGUCCUGCCGACCGGAUCGGGCAAGACCCUCCUCGCGGCCGAGGUCAUCAAGCGACUGGGGCCCCCCGCCCUCUUCCUCGUGCCGACAUGCCUCUUGGUGGACCAGCAGGCCGAAGCCCUCGGCUCCUGGACCGGACUAAGCGUGGCCAAGUACAGGGGCGGGGCGGGACUGCCGCCGUCAACGUUCAAGAUAUUAGUGAGCACUCCCCAGGCCUUCAGGACUGCACAACAGAACGGGAUCGGACAUCUGCAGUGGUCGGCGUUCAGGGUUGUGAUCUUCGAUGAGGUGCACCACGUGCUGAAGGAUCACCCCUACCGCAAGCUCGCCCUGAGCCUUCGUCGAUCGUCGCUCACGCCACCACCUGCUGCUGCUGCUGCUGCUGGGCCAAGCUCACACCCCCGCGUCGUGGGCCUGACCGCCUCCUACUCCUACGCCGUCGGCGACGCCAAGACGAAAGCCUCUCUGACCAGGAUGUGCCACGAGCUCCGCAUCACCACCACGGAAACGGCGACCCGCCAAGAGCUGGAGGCGAGCGGGUACCACGCCACGGGCGCGGCGGCCGAGGUGUUGCUGGGCCCCCGUCCCGAUUCCGCCGGCACCACCGACGACGCGGCGCCCGCUGGCGUCGUCCCCGAGGCCGACCGGAAGCCGCACGAGAUGGGGACCACCUUCUUCCGUCGGGAGGCCAAGGGCACCAGCACCGCCUUCACUCGCCUGCUCAUGGCCUGCGUGCGCGGCAUGGAAGAGGCCACGGCUGCUGCUGCAGCGGCGGCGGCGGAGGCGGCGCAGGCUGCUGCGCCCUCGUCGCAGCCCCGCCAAACGCUGUUGUUCGCCUCGCCGAUGCCCCCCUCCGGGGAUCUAGCUCCCAGAGAGUGGGGCGCCUACACCCACAAGCUUGCGCUCAAAGCCGCCGGCGGCGGCGGCGGCGGCGGCGGCGGAGCAAAGAUUCUCGAGACUGCUGCCGGUCGCGGCAUACGCGGCGGGGGCGGUUUUCCCGGGAAAAGCGUCACGAAGCGGUGUACCCGGUGUGGCAUCGACGCGAACGCCGGACAACCGCGGCGGUCGUCGGCCCGGCCGACGCUUCACCUGCUGCUCGCCGAGCUGGAGCACUGGUACGAGGCCGUCAAGGUCCUGGUCGUGUCCUGGGAGGAGAGGGAAGACGACGCCGCGACCAUCCUCGACAUGUUCGGCUGCACGGGGUCCCCGAGCGACCGCGCCGCGUCCGAGGCCGUCUGGCCGGGCGACGUGCGGCAAAAGAUCUCCGCCUUCUGGGAGGCGGUUCCCGGAACGUUCCCUCGGUACGAGAAACUGAAGAACGUGCUCCUGGACAAGUACGACCACCACGGCGGAGACGGCAGCAGCAGCGGCGGCGGCGGCGGCGGCGGAAAGAAGGGCUUCCGCGGCAUAGUGUUCGUUGUCCAGCGCGUGACGACCCACGUGCUGGCCCACGCGAUCGCCGCCGACCCCCGCAUGGCGCCCCGCUUCUCCGCGGCCUGCCUGUACGCCUCCUCCUCCCCGGCGACGGCCUCCCUCUCCGUGACGAAGGCGCAGGCGCAGGCCAGCAUCGAGGCCUUCCGGUCCGGCAGCGUGAACCUCCUCCUGGCCACCGUUGUCGCCGAGGAGGGCAUGGACGUCCCCAAGGCGAACUGCGUGGUCCGCUACGACGCCAUGGUGCACGCCGUGUCCAUGGUCCAGGGGCGGGGCCGCGCGAGGGAGGAGGACAGCAGCUUCGUCGUCCUCAGCGAGAGGCCCGACCGCACCACGGCCGACCUCGAGGCCGUCGAGCGCCAGCAGCAGCGGCUCGUGAGGGGCUUCAGGCCGCCCGCGGCCGGCAGCGCGGCCGCGGCCGCGGGCGACGCCGCCCUCGUCGUGGCCCAGAGGGCGCGCGAGCGCGGGGCGUGCGAGGCGCUUCUCGGCGCCGCGGCGGCGCAAGGUGGAGGCGGGGGCGGGGCCCUGAGCGCGAUUAACUUCUUCGCCCAGAAGACGAAGGCCGCGCUAGAGGACGGGUGGAGCAAGGGGGCGGGCGGCCAGUGGGUAUGCACCCUGUCCUACGAGUCUCCGCUGCGCGAGCUCCACGCCACUGGGACGGCCCCCGGGAAGAAGGCCGCCAAGAAACUGGCGGCCGCGAAACUCCUCGCCGGUCUUCGCGAGGCGGUGGCGGCUUGA